GGAGUCGGCGGCGGGGAGGGGAGAGGCUCUGAGAGGCGAGGCCGGGUGAAGCGCCGAGGGCGGCCCGACGGGCGCGGAACGGGACGGGGCAGCGCGGGCGCCGGGAGCUGCGGCCCGGAGUCGGGGCGCCUAGCCCCGGGCCCCCCAGCAUGAAGACCCCGGCGGACACAGGGUUUGCCUUUCCAGAUUGGGCCUAUAAGCCAGAGUCGUCCCCUGGCUCCAGGCAGAUCCAGCUGUGGCACUUUAUCCUGGAGCUGCUGCGGAAGGAGGAGUACCAGGGUGUCAUCGCCUGGCAGGGGGACUAUGGAGAAUUCGUCAUCAAGGACCCUGAUGAGGUGGCUCGGCUCUGGGGCGUCCGCAAGUGCAAGCCCCAGAUGAAUUAUGACAAGCUGAGCCGGGCCCUGCGCUACUAUUACAACAAACGUAUUCUGCACAAGACCAAGGGGAAAAGGUUCACCUACAAGUUCAACUUCAACAAACUGGUGCUGGUUAAUUACCCUUUCAUCGAUGUGGGGCUGGCUGGAGGUGCGGUGCCCCAGAGCGCCCCGCCAGUGCCGUCAGGUGGCAGCCACUUUCGCUUUCCUCCCUCAACACCCUCUGAGGUGCUGUCUCCCACGGAGGACCCCCGCUCACCACCGGCCUGCUCUUCAUCUUCAUCCUCCCUCUUCUCGGCUGUGGUGGCCCGACGCCUGGGUCGAGGCUCAGUCAGUGACUGUAGUGAUGGCACGUCAGAACUGGAAGAGCCACUAGGAGAGGACCCCCGGGCCCGACCGCCAGGCCCUCCGGAGCUGGGCGCCUUCCGUGGGCCCCCACUGGCACGUCUGCCCCAUGACCCUGGCGUCUUCCGUGUCUACCCCCGGCCCCGGGGUGGCCCUGAGCCCCUGAGCCCCUUCCCUGUGUCUCCUCUGGCCGGGCCUGGCUCCCUACUGCCCCCUCAGCUCUCACCGGCUCUGCCCAUGACGCCCACUCACCUGGCCUACACUCCCUCACCCACGCUGAGCCCUAUGUACCCCAGUGGUGGUGGGGGCCCCAGUGGCUCAGGGGGAGGCUCCCACUUCUCCUUUAGCCCUGAGGACAUGAAACGGUACCUGCAGGCCCACACCCAAAGCGUCUACAACUACCACCUCAGUCCCCGCGCCUUCCUGCACUACCCUGGGCUGGUGGUGCCCCAACCCCAGCGCCCUGACAAGUGCCCGCUGCCACCCAUGGCACCAGAGACCCCACCGGUCCCCUCCUCGGCCUCGUCCUCCUCUUCCUCCUCCUCUUCCCCAUUCAAGUUUAAGCUCCAGCCACCCCCACUGGGACGCCGGCAGCGGGCAACUGGGGAGAAGGCUCCGGCGGGUGCUGACAAGAGCAGUGGCAUUGGCAUUGGUGGUGGCAGCAGCUCUGGCGGGCUGGCGGAGGGGGCAGGGGCGCUGGCCCCACCGCCUCCGCCACCACAGAUCAAGGUGGAGCCCAUCUCGGAAGGCGAGUCUGAGGAGGUGGAGGUGACUGACAUCAGUGAUGAGGAUGAGGAAGACGGGGAGGUGUUCAAGACCCCUCGUGCCCCACCUGCGCCCCCCAAGCCCGAACCCGGCGAGGCACCGGGGGCAGCACAGUGCAUGCCCCUCAAGCUGCGCUUUAAGCGGCGCUGGAGUGAAGACUGUCGCCUGGAGGGGGGUGGGGGCCCCUCUGGGGCCCUGGAGGAUGAGGGUGAGGACAAGAAGGUGCGAGGGGAGGGGCCUGGGGAGGCCGGGGGGCCACUCACCCCAAGGCGAGUGAGCUCUGACCUCCAGCAUGCUACAGCCCAGCUCUCUCUGGAGCAUCGAGAUUCCUGAGGGCUGUGGGCAGGGGGCCCUGGUCCCCCCACCUCCCAUGCUUCUUUUGCUGCCUUAACCCCCGCCCCAAGCCCUGGAGGUGAGGACAGCUCUCUGGUGUCUUCCCUGCCUCCUCCCCUUUCCUGCCCUAUGUUUUGUAUAAAACUUUUAAUUUCUUUUUUUUUUUUAAUGGUGAGGGUGGGUG